ACGCAUAAAUGUCAACAGAACUCACUCUCUCUCUCUAAAUUCAAUUUUGUGGAUUCCAAUUCCAAUAGCCCUUUUCUCUGCCGUGAUUUUUACUCUCUACCGUGAUUUUUUACGCCAUCUGUAGAGGCCUGUUUGGUUCCGAGGAAAACCACAAACAGCAAAUCGUUGGGCCUACGAGAAAUAAAUGGCCGUGGUUUCGGUUCUUUUGGAGAUUUUUCGGAGACCGACGAUAGUGGAGGUUUUGGGCGAGCUCGUCUUCUUCAUAGCGCCUCUGUGGAUUGCGGUUUUCGUUGGGGUUCUUGUUGGCUGGGCAUGGAAACCCAAAUGGGCCAAUUUGGUCGGUAGAGACAUCGCGGAUUAUUCCGUGUCCAAACAAGAAACUUCUUCUUCAUCGUCGUCUUCCUCUUUGCUAACAUCGUCCAUGUGUUUCGGUUCUCUUCCGGGCUUGAAUUCUUUGAAAUUUCAGUUGCCGAGUUGCAUUCCCUGGAUUUCUGAUUAUGGGGUUCAAGAGAAAGUUCUUUCCUUGCCAGCUCCGGUUAAUUCUUCUGAUAGCAGUUCCUCACAGCUUGACAGAGAAAGUUCCUCACUUGUAACGGGAGAAGAUUUGGAGCACCUUUGUCGGCUUGUUGAGGAGAAAGAUGGAGGUCCUUCUUGGAUUCAGAUGAUGGAUCGUUCUACCCCAACUAUGGGCUACCAAGCUUGGCGUCGAGAUCCUGAGACUGGACCUCCACAAUACCGUAGCAGAACAGUGUUUGAGGAUGCUACACCUGAGUUGGUGAGAGAUUUCUUUUGGGAUGAUGAAUUUCGGAUGAAGUGGGAUGACAUGCUUAUACAUGCUUCUACUUUAGAGGAGUGCCCGACCACGGGAGCCAUAGUAGUGCAAUGGGUGCGAAAGUUCCCCUUCUUCUGUAGCGACAGAGAAUACUUGAUAGGCCGCCGUAUUUGGGAAUCGGGACGUUCAUACUACUGUGUGACUAAGGGAGUACCCUACAAUUCUGUUCCUAGACGCAACAAACCUAGGCGUGUUGAUUUAUACUAUUCAAGUUGGUGCAUUCGCGCAGUUGAAUCAAGGAGAGGGGACGGCCAGCUGACUGCCUGUGAGGUUUUACUGUUUCACCAUGAGGAUAUGGGAAUACCUUGGGAAAUUGCAAAACUUGGAGUUAAACAGGGUAUGUGGGGAGCUGUUAAGAAGAUUGACCCCGGCCUACGCAAGUACCAGAAAGAGAGAGCCUCCGGAGCUUCACUCUCACGUUGUGCUUUCAUGGCUCAGAUCAAUACAAAAGUGAGUGCAGACUACCUGAGGUCUUUGGAAGACGAUUCUGAGGAAUCAACAGGGAUCGAAAGACCGAACUCAUCCGGAAAACAAGAAGGAAAGAACAUACCUAAACUUCUUGUUGUUGGUGGGGCCGUUCUACUUGCCUGCAGUCUUGACCGGGGACUAUUGACUAAAGCAGUUAUCUUCGGUAUCGCCCGAAGAUUUGCAAAUAUCGGAGGAAGAAGGUUGUGAUCUAGACUGAUUUUUGGUAGUGUUCUUACAGAGGCCAUCAGAGCCUCUUCAUUGUAAAGUGAGAAAAAAAAAAUUUGCCUCAUCUGCGGUCACGAAGAUUAAAUUGUUAUUCUUUUUCCCUUUUGUUUGAGCGCUAGGAAACAGCCAUAGAAUGGAUAUUCCUGGCUAAAAGAGGAACAGAAAAGAGAAAGAAGCGAGAGAUUGGUAAAAAGAGAGAGAUAUCAUGUAAUUGUAUUCAUAGAAGUUGAUGUCUUACAAGAUCUUCUGCGGCAGGAAAAUAACGGUGAUAUUCACCUUCUUUUUGAUUCGCUUUUUCGCUA